AUGACACUUGAAAAGCUUGCACGCAACACAUACAGAUACAGUAGAAGUGGCAGUUCAAAUUCAAAUGAAGAAAAUUUCUGGAGGCAAUGGAAGGUUAUAGUUGUGGGACGUGACAAUGGUGCUUGCCCUGCUCUUUCUGCUUUUAGUUUGAUAGUAGAUAGAGAUAGCUUUCAUCAGCUGAUGGGUCAGUCGACUGAUCACAAAACUUCUUCCUCAACAAUCAUUUUGCUUAUGCUGCCUAGAAAAGUUAAAAAGGCAAUUUGA